AGGUGACACCUUGAAGCACUCACUUUACGGCAAGAGGAGGGCGUGACUCCUUUCAGGCUGCACGCUCCGAAACAGUGUGAGCCGAGUCUGGAGGACCCAGGGAAGUGGUAGUGAAAGUCUAUGCCUGCAAGGCCACUGAGACCGAAGUGUCUUGCGACAGUGCCGCAAUCCCUCCACUUUGCCUCACAGCUCUCUGGAGAGACCGAGCGAGACGACCGGCAGGGCUGGGGGAAGCUCGCUGGUAUUUCAAGUCAAGCUCAGCCUCAACUCCAACUCAACCAAACUAGUCUAUGUUAAGGCCAAAAAUAAAGAGUCUAAGGAAUCCUGAUAGGCAGUUUCGAGCAACGGCGCUGAGGACCCCAAAAGAUCUCCCUUAGGGCCAUUUAGCCCUCAGCCCAACUCCCCGACGCUCACACUCAGGCUGGGGGACCGUGACGUCACAAUCGAGCUUCUCGCCCCCUGGCCUGGCCCCCUGACUGGGAUUGGCUGAUUUGGAUGAGGGUGGUGAUGGAGAAGGGCUGGAACAAAUCGCGCAAAGAAAGAAAGUCUUUAGGUGGAACACAAAGGAAAGGGGCGAGUGGAGGGAAUUCCAGCCCGAGUCUUGAUUCCGCCCACCGUGGCUCGGGAGCAGGGGAGAAGGGGACCCGGGACUCAGCCGGAGCACCCCUGGCCGGCCCGCGGUGGGGGCGGGGCUAGGGGCGGGGCUAGUGGAGCCAGGAGGCGGGGCGGGAUCGCUGAGAGCAUCCCCCGGGUGGGGCGUCGGAGAAGGUGGAGUCCCUAGGGGCUGCUGGCGGCCUCAGCCGGGACUCCCAUGGAGGGGCAGCUGGAGGAGUGCCCCGAGCGGUGAGAGGAGUCGAGGCAGGCGCUGGGCAGCCCUCUGGAGUAGUCUUGUUUCACGGUUCUAGGCCCCUCGUGCUCUCAGGGGGCAGUGUAACUCGCAGUACUGGUGCAAGCUGGCCCUCCAAUGGGAUAGUGGUCCUUGGUUCCGGGCCCAGUCAGCACUCAGGGGAGGCUGCCAGCCACAGCCUUGGGUCUGGCACGAACCCUAGUGGAUUCAACACCCUCGGGCCUAGAACAAGUGUAUCUGGGGCGCCUGCAGGGCAAGAGCCUCAGAAAGAAGUCUCAGCACUGGGAUGAGAUGAAUAUCCUGGCCACCUACCACCCUGCUGACAAGGACUAUGGAUUUAUGAUGGUGGAUGAGCCCAACACUCCCUACCACAGGUGGCUGCAAGACAGUUUUGAGGACCUCUCUGCCAGUUCCUCCCGCUCAGUGAAUCCCGAGGUGCUAGCAGAGAGGAUUGCCAUGAUGGACAAUAUCUACCCCAAGGUCCUCCAGAACCAUGCUGACAGGAGCUCAGGGCCUGCAGACAGCUUUUCCAAGACAUAUUCCUCCACCUACAGAAGUCAGUCCCCCCCAGCUCUGGCCACCAUCAUACUGGGGCAGGAGAUUGCUCUGCAUCGAAAGGAGUAUUAUGGCAAAGGACUAUACCUGAGGUCCUGCUCCCAUCCAGAGCUUAUGGAGGAUGUGGAAGAUGAGCAUCAGGACGGCUCCGCACACUGGACCUGGGUGAUUGAUUGAGAACCCCGGAAACACUGAGGUCCACCUGCUGGACCACAUAGGAGGCCCCUUUAGGGAUCACAAGG